AACAGCUGUUUGGCAAUUCGCGCAAGCAAAAGUUAAUGCAAUUUUGAUUUUUAAAUUUUUGGCUUAAUAUGAAUACACUGCGUCCUUGUGGCUGUAAAGGUGUUCGUACCUGUUUAUCCUGUGAACAGAACUUUCACAUCGAAAAACCUUCCCUCCAACAGCAGUUACAACAGCUGGAAUCCUGGGCGUAUUGUACGCAAUGCAAAACUUUUUACCCCGGAUGGGAUACGCAGGCUGUGCAGGCUGCUCAUUCAGAGCACAAUUUGACUGAUAGCCUGACACUACCUGGCAUAUACGUGCAGGAGCAGUUUCUGUCAAGUGCUGAAGGAUCCCAGCUCAUAGCUGAUCUGGAUGACCUGCCUUGGGAUAUUUCACAGAGUGGACGUCGCAAGCAGAACUACGGGCCGAAGACGAACUUUAAGAAACGACGCCUACAAUUGGGGUCCUUUGAGGGAUUUCCCGCAGUCACACGUUAUGUGCAGCAGCGUUUCGAUUCCGUUCCACUGUUGCGGAACUUUCAAACCAUCGAGCAAUGUUCGCUGGAGUAUGAGCCGAGCAAGGGAGCCAGCAUAGAUCCCCAUGUGGACGAUUGUUGGAUUUGGGGAGAACGGGUGGUCACAGUCAAUUGUCUCGGAAAUGCAGUGCUGACUUUAAGUCUCUACGACCAGAAGCUGCCUGGCAAAUAUAAUUUGGAUUUGCUGCCGGAAUAUAAAAAAGAGCUUCUAGAACCGCUUUUAACGCAUGAACAGUUGGCUGGCUUUAAGGACAAAGUGCUACGUAUACCCAUGAAUAACCUCUCUUUAAUCGUGCUAUAUGGACCAUCUCGAUAUCAGUUCGAGCACUCGGUUCUGCGGGAGGACGUGAUUGAGCGCAGGGUAUGCAUUGCCUAUCGAGAGUUUACGCCUAUGUAUAUCGAUGGCUUAGAUAAAGAUAAAGGCCAAUUGGUGAGAGAUAGAGUGAACUGGACAAUAAAAAGCAAUUUAACUUAAAAUUGAAUAGAGAUACUAG